CUCCUGCCCACCUUCCUAUAUUACUCUCUGCUUUCUUUACUUUCUCUUUUCUCUUUCUCUCUCUUGGUGCUUCUUCCUCUUCACCAGUUACUUCAUCCUUACGGUUCGGUUUUGCCUGGAAAACACCAAACCAUUUUCUCCCUGAAGCUUUCUUCCUCUACUUUGAUCUCAAUCAGCAGUUUCUGUUACAUUCCAUCUCCCCUUUGGGUUUUGCUCUCUUGGUUGGUCAAUGCUGUUCUGGGUAACUGUAAAAUCCAAUCUUGCAUUCUCAAGUGGUGAUUUUCUCUUUUGGGUUCUGCUUCUUUUCUGGGUUCCAAGGGUUUUGGGGUUCAAAGGUUGCAGCCUUGGCAUUUUCUUCCCAUGUUUAGUUCUCAAUUUGUGAUCUUGUCAGGGAGUUGGAGACCAGUUUUGGGUUGAGUUGAAGUUUAGGGGCAUGAAUUCUUAGUUGUGUCUGUGAGCUUUGAAGUUGGAGACCAGUUUUGGGUUGAGUUGAAGUUUAGGGGCAGGAAUUCUUAGUUGUGUCUGUGAGCUUUGAAGUGGGUGCCUUUUGGGUUCAAGAACAAGAAGAGAUGGAUAUUACAGAGGUGACGCUGAUACAUCAUGUGGGCAUUGUGUUGGGUGUGCUUUGGUUGCUCUCUCAGUACAACUGCUGCCAUGCAUUUGCCUACUUUCUCUCUCUGAUUUAUCUCUUUGCAGUUCAUGAGCGGUAUGUUAUGCGCUUGCGGAGGAAACUACAAUUCGAAGAAAGAAAGCAGGGGAAUCAGAGAAGGGUACUUUCUGAUUCUGAAACAGUGCGAUGGUUGAACCAUGCAGUUGAAAAGAUAUGGCUUAUAUGUAUAGAACAGAUUGUUUCCCAGAGAGUUCUUCUCCCUAUCAUACCUUGGUUUUUGGAGAAGUACAAACCAUGGACCGUUAGUAAAACUGUAAUUCAGCACCUUUAUUUGGGAAGGAACCCACCUAUGUUCACAGAGAUGAGAGUUCGUCAGUCUAUGGGUGAUGACCAUUUGGUUCUGGAGUUGGGAAUGAAUUUUCUGACAGCUGAUGAUAUGCUUGGAAUACUUGCUGUCAAGCUAAAGAAAAGGCUGGGCUUUGGAAUUUGGGCGAAGUUGCAUAUUACUGGCAUGCAUAUUGAAGGGAAGGUCAUGUUAGGUGUGAAGUUCCUUCGUAAGUGGCCUUUUCUUGGCCGUGUGCGGUUAUGCUUCGUCGAACCUCCGUAUUUUCAAAUGACAGUGAAGCCUAUAUUUACUCGUGGGCUUGAUGUUACAGAAGUUCCAGGGAUUGAUGGAUGGCUGGAUAAGCUUCUCUCAAUUGCCUUCGAGCAGACACUUGUGCAGGUAUUUGGUAAGCUUGUCUACAUUGCCUUGAAGAAGACACUUAUUCAGCCUAAUAUGCUGGUUCUUGACAUGGAGAAAUUCAUUACACCGGAAGAGGAAAAUUGGUUCUCUGUGGAUGAGAAGGAGCCUGUUGCACAUCUCAAAGUAGAAAUUAUUGAAGCAUCCGAGAUGAAAGCCUCUGACUUGAAUGGCUUUGCUGACCCUUAUGUGACGGGUCAAUUUGGCGUUUACCAAUUCAAAACUAAGAUACGGAAGAAGACGCUGAACCCAAAAUGGUUUGAGGAAUUUAAGAUCCCGGUUAUUACAUGGGAUUCACCUAAUCUGCUAGCAAUUGAAGUUCAUGACAAAGACAUCUUUGUUGAUGAUACCCUUGGAAACUGUUCCAUUAAUAUCGGUGACCUUAGGGAUGGUGUGAGACAUGACAUGUGGUUGCCUCUUCAGAGCAUCAAAACAGCAGGGAGGCUGCAUCUUGCAGUAACUGUACUUCAAAACAAUGAGGAGCGCAGUGAACCUCAAGGUGUUCAGGAAUCGGAAAUGCCAAAUAUGGAAGAUAGAAGAAAUUCCUUUUCCAGUGAGACUGCUAAUAAAACUUCCUUCUCGUCUGUAUCAUCUGAGAAAUCUCCUAGGGUGACAGAUAAUUAUGAGCCGAUAGAUGUUGAAGGGCAAAAAGAAACGGGCAUAUGGGUCCAUCACCCAGGAAGUGAGGUUUCACAAACUUGGGAGGCUAGAAAAGGAAAGGGUCGACGUCUGAGUACUCAAAUUCAAGGGAAGCGCAAUGGCAGCAGCGGCACUGAUCAGGAUAAUAAACGUCCAAUGCAAUCAGUUCGCCAGGGUCUACGCAAACUUGGUUCAGUAUUCCAGAAGAAUCCCAAAACGGAGGACAGUUCAAGCAGUUUCACAGAGUCUGUCCAAAGCUCGGGUACUCCACAUGUCAAUUUACGGGCAGUUAAUGGUAAGGACAUUGCAGUAAAAUUUGUUGUGGAAGAUGAUAUGUCUGGUAAAGUUUCAAAAGACGGGGCUUCAAAUUCUGGUGAGAGUAGCGCAGGUAGCCCAGAAAAGCGCAAAGCGAAAGGCAUGGCAAAGAGUUUCUUUAAACAAGCUGAAAGAUCAGUAAAACAUGCACUUUCACGUAAAGGUUCUAGAAAGUCACAGACUGAUUCCUGCGAAAGAGAAAUUAUAGCAGAUUCCUCUGACGACGAUGAUCCUCCUCCCUCCCCAAUGGUUGCAAUGAUAUCAGUUGUCUCUAGGGAUAUACCUCAUUCCCCUAUAAAUGAUUCGUUCACGUCAGAUGAGCAUUUAGAUCAGCCGCUUGCAAGUGCAUUAAGUAACAUUUCAGAGGGCACCGAGGACCCGGAGAGGAAGGUUGAACCUGAAGACACAGAAAAGAUGCUUGAGAAGCCGGAUAAUCCUAAAAAAUAUAACAAGCUAAGUGAUGCUUUAAAAGUUGAAGCUAGGUGAUGCAGAUUCAAAGAGAAAGAUACAAAAUUGUGACAGAAAUUGUUGUUAAUCGCUCAUACUAAAGAAUUAGGUUUGCAUGUUCAGGCACAUAUCGAUAUUCAUUUCUGAACUACCUACCCAAAUCUGUACUUCCAUUUUUAGGUUUGGGAAUCAUGUUCAUGUGUAAGAGAUCUAGCUUUUCUGUUCCACCGUGAAUAGAGAUCAGCUUGUACAUAGGGUAUGGGGAAUUGAGGCAGGCUGAUCUUUCAUUUUUUGUAGUUUGUUGGAGCACUUAGAGAAAAAAGUUGACUUACUGUGGAAAAUAUUCCAUAUGUAUAUGAAGUCGUCUACACGUGUUGAUUGUGGGUGUAAACUUAUCGUUGUAUGAGUAUUUGUUAAAGGAAUAUGAGUAUUUGUU